AUGAAGUCCAGACUUCUAGCUCUAGCAGUAGCCCUCUUCGGAGUUAGCCGAGCUCAGAACUCAACCUUCCAAAACCCCAUCAUCAGCGGCUUCAACCCGGACCCCAGCUGCAUCUUUGUUCCACACUUGAAUAAUACCUUUUUCUGUGCCACAUCCAGUUUCCUCGUUUUCCCUGGCCUGCCCAUCCACGCAAGCCGAGACCUGGUACACUGGAAACAUGUUUCCAACGCAUUCAGUCGAGCGGACCAGCUGCCAGGUCUAGCUUUUCUGCCAAAAGCAACCAGCGGCAUCUACGCACCCACUUUACGCUUCCAUGAGGGCACGUUUUACCUGCUGUGCACUCUUGUAAAUCAGCAACUCCCGAGGACCAAUGACAGCCGGUGGGACAACUUCAUCAUCACAUCGACAGACCCAUAUAGCUCGGAUUCCUGGUCAGACCCCGUUCACUUCAGCUUCCCCGGCUUCGACCCGUCGCCGUUUUGGGACGAUGACGGCAAGACAUACGUCUCGGGUGCGCACACGGCGGCCUACUAUCCGGGAAUAAUGCAUGCGCCGCUCAACCUGGAGACAGGCGAGAUUGGAGACAUUAUAAUGCCUUGGAACGGUACCGGUGGGCGGUCUCCAGAAGCACCUCACAUCUGGAAGCGUGAUGGGUGGUACUAUCUACUUCUCGCUGAAGGCGGCACCCGUGAGAACCACAUGGCCACAAUGGCUCGAUCGAAAAGUUUGGAGGGACCGUAUGAUCCAGCACCGGCCAAUCCACUGUUGACUUCUGCAAACGAUACUGGCUCCUACUUUCAAGCUGUCGGCCACGCAGAUCUGUUCCAGGAUGCUGAUGGGAAUUGGUGGUCUGUCGCCCUAGCAGUUCGGGCUGGCGGCACAUAUGGACAGGAUCCCGGGGCAUACUUUGGCAACCUGCCGAUGGGCAGAGAGACGGUGCUUACUCCCGUCACCUGGGAAAAGGAUCAAUUCCCAGUGUUUACGCCGGUCACCGGUGACGUCUCUGGAUGGCCGCUACCCGCGGAAGCUAUUCCGGAAGAGGGAGAAGGUCAACUCAGCAACGCAGACGAUGUUAUCAGCUUUCCGCCGGGAAGUCGUUUGCCUAUUCACUUCAUCCACUGGCGUCUACCAAAGACUAGAAACUACGUGGUCUCGCCACCAGGUCACUGGAAUACACUAGCACUGAAGUCUUCAGUUCUCAAUCUCACAGCUUUCGACGCUGACUUUGCCUUGGGUCGUGGCCAGACUUUCGUCGGACGACGGAUGGCUCAUUCACUCUUCAACUUCCGCGUUGAUGUCGACUGGGCAAAAUCAUUGACGAAAGAAGAGAUGGAAGUCGGCAUCUCGAUCAUCCAAGAUCAAGCCCAGCACUUCGAUCUCGGUAUCGUCAUGUUGAAGCCGAAGGCAAGUGAGGAUCUUCGACCGCACCUCAGGUACCGUGGUAUUUCGGAAACACCGUACAGGGCGACUGAACAUCCGCCGAAUGAGCUUUACCCACUCCCUGAUGGUUGGGCUGGGCAGAAGAUUGCGCUCCAAAUUGAGGCUGUCAACAGCACUCAUUUCGCGUUCUCUGCCGGCCUUGCUGGUCUAGACUCCAGUCUCAGAGUAUUCGGAUAUUGCAAGGGCACCGAGUUGGUUCCUUACUACUCUGGUAAGUUCACCUUCUAUGAAAAUGAUUGGAACCUGUGUUGA